CAUAUUACACGUUAUUAUGCAACCCAUUAUACACAGAACUGCGCAUUCGACUUUGUCUAGGUGGGCGUAAAAAUCCCAAUGACGGUCCUGUCGUGCUAAAAAUAAAUAGUAUCUGUGCAUUUUUAAAGUGAUAUUGUGUAUAAUUCUUUCAAUAAUAAUCCAUAGUGACAAUCUUUGAGGUCAACGUCAAACUAGAACCAGUUAGAACAACAAUAAUAAUAAUAAUAAUAAUAAUAGUGUGGAUCGAAGCAAUGGCAACCGUCGUCGACCACUUCCUAGACGGCUUCCACCGCCUCGAAGGAGACACCAUUGCCCACAGACAUCGAAACUUCUUCAAGCUUCUGCACCAGCUCGCCCCGGCGCUGAAGGACAACGUGGGGGCGCUGGAUGCCAUCGCGGCAAACUUAAACCCUCGAACGCACCUCGAGAGCUUAUUUAGAGUGGAUUUUCUGAUUUACUUUCGACGGAGGCGCGAAUUGUGGGAGUUAUUGAAGGAAGGAAACGACGUGUUUGUCAGUAAAGUGGUGAAGCAGACUUGGUUUUUCAAGGAUGGGUUCGAGGACGUGUCGGGGGAGCAACUGGUGAAUGAAAUUUUACCGUGCUUGUCUUUUUCGGUUCGUAUGAAGGUACUGAGGAAGAUGAGUAGGUACGCUGGGUGUGAAAAGUUCGGUGAAGUGUUUGACGCGGUUGUCCGUCGAUACGGGAUUUAUUUGGCGGCGCAGUUUAUUACUGGGUGUGGUCCUGAUAAAAUAAAACAAGUUAUAGUGGACUAUCCUGUACAAUUGAAGUCAAAACAGUUGCGAAUUAUGUACGAGAAGGACCCCGGACUUGUCGAUUUUUACUUUAGUUGUAGCAAAAAUUCGUUGAAUGACUGCUGUUACUAUAGUCUGGUUAAGUUUAUUGGUGGUACCGACCACGACUUGUUUAAGUAUCUGAAAGAUAAGUAUAAUUUGUGGCCAAAACUUGGCCGACGAGCUACAAAGAAGUACGUAGCGGUCAAAAGAGAUGAAAUACUUAAGGACCCUUACGCCUUCGAACACAUAGACAUGAAAGCCGCCUUAAGAAAAAUUGGUACCGACUGUGUACAAAUCUUCACCAAUGCUCUCCCUCUUCAAAUUAACAACUGCUUUAACAUCGACUGGCUCUUUCGCAGUUUCGACAAAAAGUACCACUAUAGCUUAUUCGUGCAAACUUUUCAAGCCCACUACAAUAUAGAGUUUGCUGAUUAUCCGUCACUGAUUGAUGAAGAUCUACUAAAAGUUAUACCAGACGACGCGGAACGAGCAGCUUUAGCAAGAGUUAAAGUCGACGCAGGCCACCACAAAUACCUCAAGUACUUACCCACUGAACAAUCUGUUCCACGUAUCAAAGAAAAAAUCGACUCAGCGUCGAGGAUCACCGAAAAAAGUAAACUAACAAAAUCGCUACUGGAAACGUGCGAGAUUAACAAAAACAUGGACGCUUUACUUGAAAUUAUAAAAUAUUUUAGUUUGAAUUACGUACACGAGGACAUCUCAUUUCGUUUAAAAUUUAUCCGUAACAUCCGAAAGGUUGUAGGUUUUCAAAACUUGACUGAAGAAAUGUGGAACAUGUUAAGUGUGUUGCUGCACACUCAGCCAAUGCUUCUACUUGAUUUCGAAUAUUUCGAUACAAGAACUUCUGCUCACUUGAAGUUUUCUUAUAUGGAGAGUGUGUUCAAAAAGAACCAGUCCAUAGAUAAGUUAUUUGAACAAUAUUUCAAUCGAAAUUUUGCGUACCCUGAAUACAAAGAGUACGAUAAAAACUUUGCCAAAUACUUUUUGGAGUUUAGUAUAAAGCGACUUGGAGACACCCUUCGACUCGAAAGUUUAAACGCUUACUACAACUUAAUUCUUGAGAUUGAUAAGUGGAAUGAAGACUUUAAAGACGACCAACUAACAUUUUAUGAUUUUCCGCUGCUACUUGACGCGUUUAACUACAUUAUUAAAAAUCGUAAGACUGUGUUUUUUCCUCGAGUACGCACUUUGUUCCGUAGCAAAAUUUUCACCAAUGAAGAAAACCCUCACAGGAACGAAUAUAUGCAGAUUUACUGGGAACGUUUCAAACACUUUGGCAACUUGAGUGACUUUUGUUGGUUUUUGAAACACGACCUCGCUACAGCUACCACUUGGUUUAGCACCAUUUUCGAUAUUUUAACCAGAAGAUGUACUAAUUCUAGUUGUUUCAGAAUAUGGAGCGAAAUUAAAAAGUUCAGUCACUUAAAACUCGACGAAAAAUCGCUCCAGAUGUGUUUAAUAAAGCUCCAUGACGACAAUUGCACCGAAAUGAAACCCAAGCUCGUUCCAGCGUUGUCUGUUUUGAUGAAACCUGACGAUUUUGCGGCAUUAGGGGACGCCUACAAGCCCGCGGACAGAAAAUUGGACAUGCACGACGGAAAACAACUCAGGUUGUAUAACUUGCAGUGUGCCAUCGCUAAGUGUUUUGGAAACACGAGGACCUAUAGGGUUGUUCCUUCGUUGUUGGGUUACUGCGCGGGAGAUUAUUUUAAAUAUGCCCUGAAAUCGUUGAACAGCUUGUUGUAUCGAACACCAGAAAACGAACUUCCUCAGUACUUGAACUACCUAUCGGACAAGGCAGUGUCGGUACGAAAGCAUGCCGUCUACAUGACUUGUGAGCUUAGUACUCCGGCGAACGUUGAAACUAUGCUUCGGGUGUUGAAUAAGCACGAAACGGUGGAGUCGCUUCAGAAGUAUAUGUUUGUCGCUACGAUUCAGUACUUUGUGAAAAAUCCGACCGAGUCUUUGUUUGAACUGGUUAAGUUGAACAUGCUCUUUAUUAGCAAAGCUGAUGAAGAAUCGUUGAAAAGUAUAACAAAACUUGUGGGGAAGAUACCACAGAAGUAUCAAGCUCGGUACGUUGUGUACGCAUGGGAACGGUUAGAAAACACUGUGGAGGUUUGUGAAAAGUUGUCACUAUUGAAAGACAAAAUUCUUAAGAGGGUGAGCUUGGAAAUAGCUGGAGAACUUCCACUAGAAUUCUGCAUACGGGUUAUCCAGCAGCACUUCAUGACGAAAAAUAAUGCCAAAGACUUAAACACUAUGUAUUCAUUCAUGUUCAAAGUGUUAACCACGAAGGACGAAAAAGAACUUAUUUUCGAAACAAUCUUCACACUUGUUGACCGUUGUCAAAGCAAAAACGAAGUUUUCAAGUUUCUCCAUGGUUUCUAUAGCGAAAUUAUGCACUCGGGAAGUACGAAUUUAAAAUACAUGGAACCGUUUGUGCACUACUACGACAAGCAAAUUUCACUCGUUGACAAUUUUCCCGACUUCAUUAAGAUGUUUUUCUUACGAUUGAAACUGGAAUCGCCGUUCUGGACUGUCGACGACUUGGCAUUGAAAACUUUAAUCAUCUUCGAAGAAGUGGUUUCAAAAUGUGGUCCGUGUGUAGUUCGUCUGUUUGCACAAGAAAUGGAUUCGAACUUGAUUUACCUUAAAAGGCACUGGUUCGAAAAUGAAGCGGUUUAUUACAGUAUGUUGAAGCAACGUGCCAGUGCUGACGUGGCAAUUCUGCUGUUAGAAGUAGUUUCAAAGAAGCCAUGGCACAGUUCGUCAGAAAACAAAGCUUUGAAGAAAUUUUUGCAAGAUGUCAAGACUAUUGAAGAUCUCGGAGUGCAAGUGUGUUUAAGGUGUACAGACAAAGUCGAUCAUGCGCUAUGGACUACGGAUUGCCCCUCAUGUAUGGAAACAGAGGAUGAAAUAGAAGCGUGAACAAACCAGUCAAACUAUUUAUAGAAUUCGUUGUAGAAUCUUUGCAAUUUUAUGGUAUUAAUA